UUUCGGAAUUUUUAUAAUGGUGUCGUCUUGUUGUUGACAAGUCGAUUCCGUUUUCUGUAUCAGAGUUCGCUGGAUUUAUCAGCAAAUCGAGGCAAAGUCUUCGAGUUUUUAGUCUGAAUCGUUCAACGCCAUGGCAGCUCCAUUAAAGCCGUGGGAAAGGGCUGGUGUAAAUUCACGAGCUUUUGGUGGCGACAUUGGCAACACCUUACCUACACCCAUCGUCAGUGGGGGUGGAGGAAGUGCUUUUACAGCUUCAGGGCCUGGCGUCCCACCACUGCCUCCUAGAGUACCCGGGGCAAACCCAACAAACAAUGAUUAUGGUGCAGUUUCAAGCUAUUCUCCAUAUCGAACAGGCAUUUCAAGUUAUUCAAGCCCUUACGGUUACAGUAGUGGAUAUGGGGGUUAUUCGGGACUUUCUAGUGGCUAUGGUACUAGUUAUGGAGGCUAUGGUAACAGCUAUGGUGGAUAUGGAAGUUACAACUCUUAUGGAGGGAGAAGUUAUGGAGGGACAAGUGAUAACAGGUUUAUUUCCAUGGCAGAAGAGAGUUCUCAACCUGCAUUUCAGAGCUUGGAAUCAAUUGUCCAUGCAUUUAGCUCCAUUAGCAUGAUGCUGGAUUCAACCUUGAAUGCUGUUUACAGCUCUUUCAGAGCCGUAUUGGGUAUGGCUGAUCAGUUUUCCCGAAUGCGAACACAUUUAAGCAAGGUGUUUUCUGCAUUGGCCAUAUUUCGUACGGCAAAAUGGGCUCUACACAAAUUAUUCUACAUAUUUGGUUUGAGACGAGAAAAUCCAAUCAAUACGGCAUGGUCCACUGCCGUAUCAAAUUCGGAUGCCUUAUCUGCGGGUCUAUUGACUGAAGCUGAUAUUAAAAAGUCCAGAUCAUCAUGGCCCAUCACCUUGUUCCUUGCCAUAAUCAUUUCUGCCCCAUAUUUCAUAUGGAGGAUCAUAUCUUCCCUAGACAGUGCUCCGGAUGCACUAGGAAAAAAGUGGGCUGAUGGCCUAGGAGAAUAUUAUACUGCUCAGGCAGAUUAUGAUUUCAAUGCCGGAAACGAACAAGAAUUAAGUUUCAGAGCUGGCCAAUCCCUACGCUUGGCUCCCCGUUCCCUUCAGCCUCGCAUCAAAGGCUGGAUGCUUGCCGGCACCGAUUCACAACACACGGGCCUCGUACCUGCGAAUUACAUCAAAAUUUUGGCCAAACACGAAAGUUCGACUCCCAAAUAAUUCAUUUGACUGAUAUACAGUAGCUAAACCAAAGGAAUAACCUUGUCCAAAAGUAAAUUGUUAGCUGUUUGAUGCCAUUCAGUUAUUUCGAGCUAUAUUUUUAUCAGUCAUGGAGUUGGGCCACUACUCAUAUUCAAAGCCUCAAAAACAUUUAAGGCGUUUGAAAUUAUUGGCGGCCUUUGUGAAAUUAUUCAAAUUUUUUUUACCCCAAUUUUUAGAGGCUUGUGAAUAGGAAACGCUCAAAUGUUGACGAAAUCGUACGAUUAAGUGAUGAUGACUCCUUUUUGUUAUGCUGGGUUUGUUUAUUUGUAAUUCAACAAAUCAAUAUAUAUUGUGGGAUAUUAAAACUA